UCUCUCUCUCAGGUGAUGGACUCUCAGAAGGAAGCUCUGCGCAGGAUCAUCAGCACAUUAGCCAAUAAAAACGAGGAGCUCCAAAACUUCCUGGAAACAGUCGACAACACACUGACAGGACUGCAGGGGGAGUCAUGUAAGGUGAUGUCAGAUCUGGAGGCAGAGCUUGAGCAGCUAAGCUCGGCCCUGGAGGAGAAGGGGGCGGAGCUCCGUUACAUCAUCAAAGAGGAGAAGCGCAGAAAGGAGGCGGAGCUGCAGAAGCAGCUGUCGGAGGGAAAGUGUGCUCUGCUUUCAUGUGAAGAACUGCUGGAGUUUGCAAAUCAAACACUGACCAUCACCACUGAAGAAGAAUUCCUGCAGGCUGCAAAACAAAUCAAAGAAAGGGUUACAAUGGCUCCAGCGUUUCGGCUGACAACUCGUCCAGCAGUGUCGGAGAACAUGACACAAUUCACCGUUGACUUCAGUGCGGAGAGGGUGGGGCUUCAACGACUUCACUUCCUGCCAGUACCCAGAGCUCCAGAGAUUGACUUCUCAAGCUGUGUUGUCUAUGACAACAACAUCACGGUUGCCUGGCGACCAGCCAGUGAGGCCAACAGUGAGGGUAUCAACGGACCAAAUGAACGCUACGAACUCGAAUACAGAAAAACGAACCGCGACAGCUCGCUGAGAGCCACAGGAGAGGCAUGCUGGGAAAAAAUCUGUGACAUCACAGAGACUCAGGUCACCAUCUCAGGUCUGAAGUUUGACUCUCGCUUUGUCGUCGUUCGAGUUCGAGCAAAAAACAAAACGGCAGCUGGAGAGUUCUCUGAGCCUGUCACCAUGGAAACCAGAGCGUUUAACUUUGGCUUCGAUGCGUCGACGGCCCACGCUGAGCUGAAGGUUCAGGGUGACACGGUGACUUGGGAGCCUCAGGGGGUCAAAGGUCAUGACCCCAGACUCAGAGGCAAAGAAAGUAAAAGCAGCAGCAGAAGCGCCACACCGUCACCCAAUAAGACGGCAGGAAAUCGAGCUGGACGUGACAGAUUCGCUGGAGAGUCGUACACAGUACUAGGUGACCAGGAGAUGAUUGGCGGCUGCCACUACUGGGAGCUCCGCCCCCUGGCGGACUGGAAAUCAUUCAGUGUGGGUGUGGCCUAUCGGGCCAGCCUGGGCCGCUUUGACCAAUUAGGGAAGAGCGCCAGCUCGUGGUGUCUCCACGCUAGCCAAUGGCUGCAGAGCUCGCUCGCCAUCAAACACAACAACCGAGCGAAAGCACUGGAUUGGCCACUGCCUCAACGAAUUGGAAUCUACUGUGACUACGACAACGGCGAUUUGUCAUUUAUUGACGUCAAUCGACUUCGUCUUCUUCACUCCUUCAAAACAAAGUUUAGCCAGCCGCUUGUCCCCGCCUUUACUGUUUGGUGCGGUGGUUUCACCAUAACGACGGGUCUGCAGGUGCCGAGCUUCAUGGGAAAUUUCCUCUCCACCAAUCGGAGUCUGAGUAACCUGUCGCAGUGAAACCUCUCUCCUUAAAUGAUCUCUUUUUAUUUUGUUUUUCAUACGUCAGAACUUUAAUUCUUAUGACUUAUUUCUAUUUAUUGAUUAUAAUUUAAUAUAAUAAAUAUUUUAUUGCAUAUAGAAAUCAUUUGUGAACUGUUGUCAAUAUAAGAUAUUAAUUUAGAUGAAAAAGCAAAUUGUAUUAUAAUUUUAAGGCCAUUAUGAUUUUAAAAAAAAAUAUUGAUUAUUCUUGCCUGCUCUUAUUUUGGGUUAUUGUUAGGGUUAGGGGUUAACCCCUAACCCCUAACCCUAAGUGAAACCCUACCCUAACCCUUGACCUGAAGCCAUAGUUUUAUAGUUUGAGUGCUUUUAUUUUAAAGAAUACUAAUGUCUGUUAAUUAGGGCUUUUAUUUUGACUGAUUUUGUAUCACUGAAAUUCAUAUUUUUUCAUCUGAAUGUCAGAAUUUUAUUUUGAAGGUAGUAACAGUAACAGAAUGUUCCCUAGGGCUUUCCUUUUGAAGGUUAUGACCAUUUUUUGUUAAAAUUCAGCAGGAAGUAAUAUGUUUAGUUUAUGUGAAGGCUUUUUAUUGUGAAAUACCUUAUUAGAGAUAGUGUUGUGCAUUCCUUCUUCGUCAUUUUGACUGCAUGGCAGACUUUUAUUUUGAAGGUAAAUCUGAAUGUCGCAUC